AUGACUUCGGUGCUUCAGGUCCAGAGAAACAGCGCCCAAAUUAUGAAAACGGGCGAACUUCGGCCUGACAGUCGCUGCAGCGUUCAGACAGUGGCAUCAGUCACGGAGAUGGCUCGGGACAUGGAACAUGGCUUCGGUGAUCAGACAAUAAUGACAAAUGAGCAAGCUUUGGAAUCCGUUUCGGAAGGCCCUUUGCAGCUCGAGGUGCUUUUAAGCAAGGGAUUCACGCACCGGGACUUGGAAUUAUUAAGGGAAGGAGGGAUUCAGACGGUUGAAUGUAUCGCUUUUUCUCCAGAUCGAGCUAUUGCCGAGAUAAAGGGAAUAUCGGACCAAAAGGUGGAAAAGCUUAAAACCGCUUGUCGAGGCCUAUUAGGUCUUGGUUUUUGUCUAGCCACGAACUUCCUUGAGGCUCGUCAAAACCUUAUACGAUUUACCACCGGAAGUGUGGACUUGGACCGAAUCCUUCAGGGCGGAAUUGAAUCAGGCAGCAUCACCGAGAUUUUUGGUGAGUUUAGGACGGGCAAAACGCAGCUGUGCCACACUUUAGCCGUCACUUGCCAACUGCCGGUUGACCUGGCGGGCGGUGAUGGUAGGUGUUUGUGGAUAGACACUGAAGGAACGUUUCGUCCCGAGCGGGUAGUGGCAAUCGCUGAGCGGUAUCAAUUAACACCGCACGUCGUACUGGAUAAUAUCAUAUACGGCCGCGCUUUCAACACCGACCAUUUGCUGCAGCUUCUUGUGGAGUCGGCCGCCAUCAUGGCGAAGACCAGGUUCGCUCUCGUUGUGAUAGACAGCAUCAUCAGUCUAUAUCGAAGUGAGUUCGCGGGACGGGGCGAGCUGGCCAGUCGCCAGAUGCACUUGGGUAGAGUCUUGCGAACCUUACAGCGCAUUGCUGACACCUUUGGAGUUGGUGUGAUUCUUACGAACCAGGUUAUGGCCAAGGUGGAUGGUAUGAUACCCGGGAAUGACAAACAACCCACCGGCGGUCAUGUUCUAGCCCACGCUAGUCAAACUCGUCUGUAUAUGAAAAAAGGCAAAGGUCAGAACAGGGUGUGCAAAAUAGUUGACAGCCCCAAUCUUCCAGAGGCGGAAGCACAAUUCAGCAUCAAAGAGGGGGGCAUAGAUAAAGCAGACAAUUGA